AUGGAAUGCAAAGAAGGGCAUAUUUGGUUAGCACCUCUUCACCGUAUAAAAAAUCGUGGUACAUGGUGUCAAUACUGUGCUGAUAACCGCAACCGUCUUAAUCUCGAAGUUGCAAUAGAAAUUGGGAAUAGUAAAGGAGGAUUAUGUCGAGAAAUUGUAUCAAAAUAUCUUGGACCGCCAUCUAAGAUACGUCGACCUGAUUUGCUCAAAGUAUCAAAAUGUUUUAUAGGUUUAGAACUUGAUAUUUAUUACCCGGAAUAUGGUUUUGCAAUUGAAGUACAAGGAGAGCAACACGAAAAAUAUAUCGAAUUCUUCCAUAGAGGAGAUCCUAAUAAUUUUAUCAAACAGCAAGAACGGGAUCAACUCAAGAAAGAAUUGUGCGAAGAAAAUUGGAUUGUUUUAAG